AUGUCGCUUUUGGACUCGCCCGAGGACGCCAAACGCAAACGUUCUCCGUCUUUCUCACUCCAAGAAGCUUCUCUUAUGUCUACUGAUGUCUCAUUCAAUUCCACGUCGAAUCUUAUGCACCAGAAACGACGCAAGAAGUGGACACGUCUCUUGCUCCGUGAACUAUAUGAUUUAGGAUAUAAAGACACAGUCGUUGCUCUAGAGCAUGAAGCCUGCAUUAAAUUAGAAUCUCCAGCAAUGAAAAAGAUGCAGCAAUUGAUGGCGCAGCAUCAGUGGGAUGAGGCGCUGAAGUUGGUGACAAAAGAGGCUGGAGACGAAGACGAUGAGUCAUUGGACAUGAAAUCGCCGAUGGCCGCACGAGAAGCGGCACUGCUGCUGCUGAAGAGGAAAUACAUUGAUUUACUACUGUCCAAGCAAUUGACAUUAGCGUUGCGUACGUUUCAAGAGGUGAUUUUGCCAGUUUACGAGCCGAAUGAGACCGAGGUGAUGCAGUUUGCAGAGUUACUGCUUUGUAGAGAUGCAGAUGAAAUGAAGCACAAAGAUACAAUGUCAUGGCAAGAUGUAGAACUACAGCAGAAGAUUGAGGAGCUGGUUAGUCCAGAAGAAAUAAUCCCAGAGGGUGCUCUACGGAGGCUGAUGCUGGAUGGAAUCGAGACAAAUCUACAAGCACCACCGCCUAUGCUCAAUGGGUGUAUCACUGGAGAGUGUAUGGAGGUUCUCACGAGUUGUAUUAAGCUUGACGUGUGGGAGUUGGCGUUCUCGCCUGAUGGAGAUAUCUUGGCAUCGGCGUCAAGUGACGGGUCAGUCGUAUUGUGGCAGCUUAAGUGGUGUGAUGGGGCAACAAAUUGUCGUCAAGGAUCUCAGCUCGCGGUAAAACCUCAUCACGUGUUGCAAAACCUUGAAGGACCUGCUGACUGCCUUGCUUGGUCCCCAGACAGCAAGUUUUUGCUAUCGAGUGGUAGCCGCUCUGGAACUAUUCAAUUGUGGGAUCAAAUGAGCGGAUUGUGCAAAAAACGUUUUCAACACCCAGAAGGAGCGGUCACAAGAAUCCGCUGGCUGCCAUGUGGGGACCAGUUCCUAAGUGGAAGCGCAAACAAGACUCUCGUUCUGUGGUCUGCAAGCGUAGGCUCCAUUGCGUACCAGUGGAGUGGUCGAAGGGUGCUGGAUAUCGUUGUGCAUCCACACAGUAGUAAGGUGUUUGUACUGACAUCAGGGCACGAGAUUCGUGUAUACGAUAUCACGCUGAAAACGGACCAGUUGUUUUUGCAAGCCGAACAUCUUGUGUCGUGUUUAAGCGUAUCCCCUUGUGGAAAGUUCCUACUUGUAAACUUUAUCAAGCAAGAACAAAUCGCGUGUGUGGAUAUUGCUACCGGUUCCGUAACAGCCAAGUAUUGCGGGCUUCGUGAGCAACGAUACGUUCUUCGUCCAUGCUUUGUGGGGAACCACAGCGAGGUUGUUGUCGCUGGAAGUGAAGACGGUGCAGUGUAUUUGUGGCAGCGAGACAGCGGUAAACAGGUGGGCAAGCUAGAUGGACACGCGAGUGUAGUAAAUGUGGUGGUGCGUCACCCAAUCCAUUCGAACGUGAUUGCCAGCGCAAGCGACGACAAGACCGUGCGUUUAUGGUCUCUCAAGUCGCUAGAGUAA